CCCCGCCCCUCCGCGGGGUCACGCGGGCGCUGCCCCCGGAAGUCUCGCGAGAGGCGGCGCAGCAAAGAUGGCGGCGCCGGGGACGGAGGCGGCGGCGGGGCCGGGCCCGGGCCCGGGGCAGGUGUCCAGCAGUAACGGCGCUGCCGGUACCGGCGCCGCGCCCGAGAGCCCGCAGGGGCAGCAGCAGCAACCGGCACCGAACGCCUGGCAGGUGGUGAAAGGGGUCCUGUUCAGGAUUUUCAUCAUCUGGGCCAUCUCCAGCUGGUUCCGGAGAGCGCCGGCGCCGCAGGAGCCCAACGGCGGCGGCGGCAGUGGCCGCAGCCCCAGCAGGAACCUCUUCCCCAAGGACACCCUCAUGGUCAGCAGGGAUUGGGAUUGGGAUUAA